UCAACCUCUUCCAAAGUUUUUGUUUUCUUUUGCUGCUUUUAUUAUUUCUCUCGUUCCAGAAAAAGAAGAACCAAAACAUCAACGAUGGCUUUGAUCAAGUGCAAAUCCUUCUUGGCUUCUCUGUUGGUUCUUGUGGCACUUUUGGGAGUUGCCGUGGGAGGAACCGUUCACAAAGUCGGUGACUCGAACGGAUGGACCAUGAUGGGCGUGGACUACGAAGCUUGGGCCUCUUCAAGAACUUUUAAAGUCGGAGACUCUUUAGUCUUCGAAUACAACAACGAGUACCACGACGUCACUCAAGUCACUCCCAACAAUUUCGAGCUCUGUGAACCGUCUAACCCGUUAACCACAUACCAAACCGGUUCUGACACGGUUAAACUAACCAAACCGGGAGUUCAAAACUUUAUAUGCGGAGUUCCUGGUCACUGCGACGCAGGUCAAAAACUUCAAAUCCACGUCUUACCAGCCUCGUUGGGUCCCGUUGCAGCUCCCGUUCCUAGACCGGUCCGAUCACCAAGUUCUUCUUCGUCUCCUUCAGCCUCGUUGGUUCCCGUUGCAGCUCCGGUUACUAGACCGGUCCAAUCACCAAGUUCCUCUUCGUCUCCUUCGCGGGCCAAUGCUCCACAGUAUCAACAUCAGAUUGCUCCAUCACCUCUUCAAAGCGGUGCCUCGAAGUUAGUUUCUUGGAUCGGCUUCAGCUUGUUGGCUUUGAUUUUGGCUUUCUAA